GUCGCGAACCAGAAGCUUCAAGAAGCACUUGAAGUUGAGAACGAUGCCAAUGAUGCACCUUCGGCCCGAGCUGGCAAAAAGCAAAAGGCAGUGAGGGCAAGCAGCAAGCACAUGCUCAUGCUGCCAGAAGUUCUCGAUAUCGAAUGCCGGGGGCACCGUUUCAAAGUCUUGAUGGAGGGGAUCAACACCCAGAGCAUUUGGAUGCACUUGACCGAAGAGAACAUCAAUUGGCUCAAGAACGAGGCGGCUGGUGAGGAAGCUAAGCCUCGGGUGCAACGGCGAUCCGGCAGCAAGCGAGCACGGGGCGACAGCAGCCGGGAUGACGAUGACCAGGAGCCGGAUAAUGAGGAGAACCCAGAGCUUUGA